GCCGUGGUCGCGCCGGGCCCUCUGCGGUCGGUCCGAGCGUCCGUCCGCGCCGUCGGCCAUGGCCGCACGCCCCACGGGCCUCGCGCGCCGCUGCCUGCUGGCGCUCACGCUCUGCUGCUGCUGGGGAGCCUUGGCAGUGGUCGCCCAGAAGCCGGGCGCCGGCUGUCCCAGCCGCUGCCUCUGCUUCCGUACCACCGUGCGCUGCAUGCAUCUGCUGCUGGAGACCGUGCCCGCCGUGGCGCCGCAGACCUCCAUCCUGGAUCUUCGCUUUAACAGAAUUAGAGAGAUCCAGCCAGGAGCCUUCAGGCGGCUGAGAAAUUUGAACACACUGCUUCUCAACAAUAAUCAGAUCAAGAGGAUACCCAGUGGAGCAUUCGAAGACUUGGAGAACUUAAAAUAUCUCUAUUUGUACAAGAAUGAGAUCCAGUCAAUUGACAGGGAGGCAUUUAAGGGACUUGCCUCUCUAGAGCAACUAUACCUGCACUUUAAUCAGAUAGAAACUCUGGACCCAGAAUCAUUUCAGCAUUUACCAAAGCUUGAAAGGCUGUUUUUGCACAACAACCGGAUUACACAUUUAGUUCCAGGGACAUUUAAUCACUUGGAAUCUAUGAAAAGGCUGCGGCUGGAUUCAAACGCGCUUCACUGCGACUGUGAAAUCCUGUGGUUGGCGGACUUGCUGAAGACCUACGCGCAGUCAGGGAAUGCACAGGCCGCUGCCACCUGCGAGUACCCCAGGCGCAUCCAGGGCCGCUCUGUGGCAACUGUUACUCCAGAAGAGCUGGACUGUGAAAGGCCCCGGAUUACAUCUGAGCCCCAGGAUGCAGACGUCACCUCAGGGAACACGGUGUACUUCACCUGCAGAGCCGAAGGCAACCCCAAACCCGAGAUCAUCUGGCUGCGAAACAACAAUGAGCUGAGCAUGAAGACGGAUUCCCGCCUCAACUUGCUAGAUGAUGGGACCUUGAUGAUCCGGAACACCCAGGAGACCGACCAGGGCAUUUACCAGUGCAUGGCAAAAAACGUGGCCGGAGAGGUGAAGACUCAGGAGGUGACCCUCAGGUACUUUGGGUCUCCAGCUCGACCCACUUUUGUAAUCCAGCCACAGAACACGGAGGUGCUGGUUGGGGAGAGCGUCACUCUGGAGUGCAGUGCCACAGGCCACCCCUUGCCUCGCAUCUCCUGGACGAGAGGGGACCGGACCCCUUUGCCAGCGGACCCUCGAGUGAAUAUCACUCCCUCUGGUGGCCUUUACAUUCAGAAUGUCGUCCAGGAGGACAGCGGGGAGUACACAUGCUUUGCAUCCAACAGUGUAGAGAGCGUCCACGCCACCGCAUUCAUCAUCGUGCAGGCGCUUCCUGAGUUCACUGUGACCCCCCAGGACAGAGUUGUUAUCGAGGGUCAGACGGUUGACUUCCAGUGUGAGGCAAAGGGCAACCCUCAGCCUGUCAUCGCCUGGACCAAGGGAGCUCCUGAAGUCCGGGGCUCCCAGAAGGUCGUGGCCCACCUGACGGUGCAGCCCAGAGUGACUCCGGUGUUUGCCAGUGUCCCCAGCGACAUGACAGUGGAGGUGGGCACCAACGUGCAGCUGCCUUGUAGCUCCCAGGGCGAGCCCGAGCCGGCCAUCACCUGGAACAAGGAUGGGGUUCAGGUAACAGAAAGUGGAAAGUUUCACAUCAGCCCUGAGGGAUUCCUGACGAUCAACGACGUUGGCACAGCGGACGCCGGGCGCUAUGAGUGCGUGGCCCGGAACACUAUCGGGUCUGCCUCAGUGAGCGUGGUGCUCAGCGUGAAUGUUCCUGAUGUCAGUCGGAAUGGGGACCCCUUUGUAGCCACAUCCAUCGUGGAGGCCAUCGCGACAGUUGACAGAGCGAUCAACUCCACUCGGACACACUUGUUUGACAGCCGUCCCCGUUCUCCAAAUGACUUGCUGGCCUUGUUCCGCUACCCGAGGGACCCUGUGGAGGUGGGGGAGGGGUCCAUCAACAGUGCCCUGAGCAGGUCCCCCCAGGGCGGACAGGUGGCCUCUCCCCAGGGCUCAGGCCGCGCUGCUCUGCCCACAGGUUACCACUACAACGACCUGGUGUCCCCACAGUACCUGCACCUCAUCGCCAACCUCUCGGGCUGCACCGCCCACCGGCGUGUGAACAACUGCUCGGACAUGUGCUUCCACCAGCGGUACCGCGCUCACGAUGGUACGUGCAACAACCUGCAGAGGCCCAUGUGGGGCGCCUCGCUGACAGCCUUCGAGCGCCUGCUGAAGUCAGUGUAUGAGAAUGGAUUCAAUACGCCCCGCGGCAUCAACCCCCACCGGCUGUACAACGGCCACGCGCUCCCUGCGCCCCGCUUGGUGUCCACCACGCUAAUCGGGACAGAGGCUGUGACACCAGACGAGCAGUUCACACACAUGCUGAUGCAGUGGGGCCAGUUCCUGGACCACGACCUGGACUCCACGGUGGUGGCCCUGAGCCAGGCCCGCUUCUCCGAUGGGCAGCACUGCAGCUCCGCCUGCAGCAGCGACCCGCCCUGCUUCUCUGUCCUGAUCCCGCCCAACGACCCCCGUGCCAGGAGCGGCGCCCGCUGCAUGUUCUUCGUGCGCUCCAGCCCCGUGUGCGGCAGCGGCAUGACGUCACUGCUCAUGAACUCCGUGUACCCGCGGGAGCAGAUAAACCAGCUCACGUCCUACAUCGACGCGUCCAACGUGUACGGGAGCACGGAGCACGAGGCGCGGGGCAUCCGGGACCUGGCCAGCCACCGGGGCCUGCUGAGGCAGGGCAUCGUGCAGCGGUCCGGGAAGCCGCUGCUGCCCUUCGCCGCGGGGCCGCCCACCGAGUGCAUGCGGGACGAGAGCGAGAGCCCCAUCCCCUGCUUCCUGGCCGGCGACCACCGCGCCAACGAGCAGCUGGGCCUGACCAGCAUGCACACGCUGUGGUUCCGGGAGCACAACCGCAUCGCCGCGGAGCUGCUCCGCCUGAACCCGCACUGGGACGGCGACACCAUCUACCAUGAGGCCAGGAAGCUGGUGGGCGCCCAGAUGCAGCACAUCACCUACCAGCACUGGCUGCCCAAGGUGCUGGGCGAGGUGGGCAUGAAGAUGCUGGGGGAGUACAGGGGCUAUGACCCCGGCGUCAACGCUGGCAUCUUCAACGCCUUUGCCACUGCUGCCUUCCGGUUUGGCCACACGCUGGUCAACCCGGUGCUUUACCGGCUGGACGAGAAUUUCCAGCCCAUCGCACAAGGCCACUUGCCCCUGCACAAAGCCUUCUUCUCUCCCUUCCGGAUUGUGAACGAGGGGGGCAUCGACCCUCUUCUCCGGGGGCUGUUCGGGGUGGCGGGGAAGAUGCGUGUGCCCUCCCAGCUGCUGAACAUGGAGCUCACGGAGCGGCUGUUCUCUAUGGCCCACACGGUGGCCCUGGACCUGGCAGCCAUCAACAUCCAGCGGGGCCGCGACCACGGAAUCCCGCCCUACCACGACUACAGGGUCUACUGCAACCUGUCGGCGGCACACACCUUCGAGGAUCUAAAAAAUGAGAUCAAAAACCCCGAGAUCCGGGAGAAGCUGAAAAGGUUGUACGGCUCCACGCUCAACAUCGACCUGUUCCCGGCCCUUGUGGUGGAAGACCUGGUCCCUGGCAGCCGGCUGGGGCCCACGCUGAUGUGUCUGCUCAGCACACAAUUCAGGCGCCUCCGUGACGGGGACAGGUUGUGGUACGAGAACCCUGGGGUGUUCUCCCCCGCCCAGCUGACGCAGAUCAGACAGACCUCGCUGGCCAGGAUCCUGUGUGACAACUCGGACAACAUCACCCGCGUGCAGAGGGAUGUGUUCAGAGUGGCAGAGUUCCCCCAUGGCUACGGGAGCUGUGACGAGGUCCCCAGGGUGGACCUCAGGGUGUGGCAGGACUGCUGUGAAGACUGCAGGACCAGGGGACAGUUCAACGUGUUUUCCCACCAUUUCCGAGGCAGACGGUCUGUUGAAUUCAGCUACCAGGAGGACAAGCCGGCCAAGAAGAGGCAGCCUCGGGAGAUGCUAAGUUUUGGGAAGCAUGGUCCACGUCUCAGCAAUGCCACCUCAGCCCUCGGGAAGCACUCGAACGGACUAGGAACAAAUGACUUCAAGGAGUUUGUUCUGGAAAUGCAGAAGACCAUCACAGACCUCAGGAAGCAGAAUGGGCAGGUCACCUGCUUCGUGGAAGCCUGCCAACCUGUCGCUUGUCUGGCACCUGUGAAAACUGAAGGAGCCUGCUGUCCAGUCUGCUCACAGAACACUGCAGAAGGAAAACCGUAGGCUCUGGUCUGGCCCCUGGGGUUUGUCUGCUGAGCCAUCGUGACAUCAGGUGGCCAAUACAGGCAUCUGCAGACCAGAGGAGACACCGGAACUCACAGUGUAUCAUGGCCAUGUCAUCUGGUGCUGUCACAGGUGGGGCAGGCGGCUCUGAGCAUCCAUGGAGAGGGAGACACAGCAAGUGCGUGGAUGGGGAGCCGACUCAUGGCUGAACUUCCUGUUAGACUUCUCAGGUUUUUAUUUAAUUCUUUUAAAACGAAAAAUUGGUGCUACUAUUAAAUUGCACAGUUAAAGCAUUUAGGCUCCUAAAUUGAUUUCACCUGAUAACACCAUUCCUUUUUAAUAAUUAAAGCAGGAUACCUCUAAAUUUCAGUGCUGCCUGAUUCUGGUGCUGGGAACAUAGAGGUGUGUCCUUGCAUGUGGGGGGAGCUGGCAGCUGCCGGAGGGGGCACCCCCAGAACCAGGGCUGCCUCACAAGCUACACUUAAAAUUGAAGUUAGUGUGUGGCGAGUGGAGUGGAGUCUUCUGAGAGCAUCGGCGGGUUGCAGGCUCCUGUGCAGGGCAUGCCCGGUGCCUCCAUCACCCGGGGCAGCCAUUCCCCCCUGGGCUCUGUCACACCUCCCCACUCAUCAGCAUCUAACCCAGGACAGACAUCCUUUGCAGAUCCUGUGACUCUUUGCUUCAGCACAUUCCGUGCAUGACAAGGACAUUAAUAAGCCACAUCUAGAAACAGCUGGUUUCCACGUGUGGCUUGCUGACGUUCCGCCUUGUGAGCCGAAUGGUGACGAGACCAACACCUACCAAGUGCCCACUGUGUGUGUUGGCGGGUCUGGGGACGGCAGGCUCUCGUUUUAUCUAACUUCAGGUGUGUGAGUGUGUUUAAAAAAAUGAAUCCCUAUACCUCAUUUGUAUUUUUAAAAUGCAUGAUGUUUUAUGAAAAUUUAGAUGGGACAGAAAAACCAUUUCUACUAUGCAAAAUUUCCUAUAGAAUUCAGUGACUAGCAACUGUCAUACCUCACAGGCUCCCUCUUUAAUUGAUCAAGACCUUCCCUCUUGUCCUACAUAUGAAAUGAUCUGUGUUAUGAGGAGCCUCUCCCUGAACAGGCGAGUUCAGUACACACCCUGCCCUGGGCACCCACUGAGUGUCAGACUCUGAGAUGGGGACAUGAGGAAGGCUGCCCUCCUAGAGCCCUGGCCCAGGGGGCAGAGGAGGAAGACCUGAGGUUACAGGUGGCAGGUGUCCAAACUUGGUGGCAUGACACUAAGACCCAUUAGAGGCAGGGUUCCAUGCAGUGCCUGGCGUGGUUGGGCAUGUGCUGUGUCCUGUAUGAUUUGGGCACGUGCUGUGUCCAGUAUGAUUUGCACACGAGCUGUGUUCCAGCAUGAGCGUCCUUCCCACAGGAAGAGACAUGAGGGAUGUGGGCCCCAGUCCAGCUGGGAGAACAUUCAUGGGGUUUGAUGUAUCAAGUCUUGACUGCUUAUUCUGUUACUAAGUGAUAAGAACUGGCUGGUGUUUCAUGACACAUGGGAUAGAUUUCUGUAAAAUAGGAUGUAUUUGUCUAAAAGCUGAUGGUGUCACAUAGGUCGCUCAGGUAUACAGGAGGAGGCAGCACAUUCUAUAUUCCGUAAGUGUUUUGCCAUCUUCUAAAUGCCUUGGAGACUUUCAGUGAGGUCACAUGUGCAGCAGCCAACAGCUGUGUUCUCCAAGCGGCAGGGUGGGAAGCCAGCUGUGAUUCACAAAACCCUAUAAUUCUAAUUCAAAGCAAUGUCUGCAGAAACACCAGUGUGAGAGGAUACACAUUCUCAGAAGCAGUGGGCAGCCUGAGUGGACGUUUUCAGCAGCCACGUGGGGGCUGCUGUAAUAGGAAUCAAAGUGUACAUAUUUACUUUCUGACUGCAGCCAACAGCCAAGUGCCUUUUAUGAUCAUUGUAUCCAGAGCAUUACCAAAGAAAUGUUUGCACUAUGUAAUGCCUUUCAGUUCAAAUAA